AUGGAUUCUACCGAGUCAUCCGUUACUACCGGGGAAGCGAAGUACAUUAACUUCCCUUGUCUGCCUGCCGAUGCCAGACACGCCGAUGGAUCGCUAGCGCUCAAUCGCUAUUCAUCAACCAUCACCCGAGGGCAUGACUUCCCCGGUGCUCGAGCAAUGCUUUUCGCCGCUGGCGUCCCGGACAAGGAAGCGAUGGCCAAAAGCCCCCAUGUCGGUAUUGCAUCCGUCUGGUGGGAGGGCAACCCAUGCAAUAUGCAUUUGAUGGACCUGGCCAAGACAGUCAAGAAAGGUGUUUCGGACCUGGACAUGAUCGGGUGGCAAUACAAUACCAUUGGUGUUUCAGAUGCCAUCACAAUGGGGAGCGAUGGUAUGCGGUUCUCGCUUCAAACACGUGAAAUAAUCGCCGACAGCGUUGAGACUGUGACCUGUGCCCAAUAUCACGAUGCCUGCAUUGCUAUUCCCGGAUGUGACAAAAACAUGCCCGGUGUCGUGAUGGGUAUGGCCCGGCAUAACCGCCCGUCUAUUAUGAUCUACGGCGGUACUAUUGGCAUUGGGUAUUCGGAGCAACUCCGAAAACCCGUAAACAUUUCGACCUGUUUCGAGGCUGCUGGUGCUUAUGCGUAUGGUACGCUUCGCCAGCCAGAUGAUGGUGGUGAUACUAGCAAGACGCAGGAUGAGAUUAUGGACGACCUCGAGAAGCACGCUUGUCCGGGGGCGGGUGCCUGUGGUGGUAUGUUCACUGCGAACACAAUGGCCACAGCCAUUGAAUCAAUGGGACUGUCUCUGCCCGGGUCCUCAUCCACCCCCGCAGCUUCGCCUUCCAAGAUGCGAGAGUGCGUGCGUGCUGCGGAGGCCAUUAAGGUUUGCAUGGAAAAGAAUAUCCGACCUCGGGAUCUGCUCACCAAGCGCUCCUUUGAGAACGCGCUGGUGAUGACCAUGGCCCUGGGUGGUAGCACCAACGGUGUUCUGCACUUCUUGGCCAUGGCGCGGACCGCGGGAGUGGACUUGACGAUCGAUGACUUCCAGCGGGUGAGCAACAAGAUUCCCUUCAUUGCCAACCUGUCCCCUAGUGGCAAGUACUAUAUGGCCGAUCUCUACGAAAUCGGAGGUAUUCCGUCCGUCCAGAAGCUCCUGAUUGCCGCCGGUCUCCUUGACGGGGACAUCCCUACCGUGACGGGUAAGACACUGGCCGAGAACGUCGCAUCUCACCCUUCACUGCCACAGGACCAGGAUCUCAUUCGCACGUUGGACAAUCCAAUCAAGUCGACCGGUCAUAUCCAAAUUCUGCGCGGGAACCUGGCCCCUGGCGGUGCCGUCGCCAAGAUUACAGGCAAGGAAGGACUACGAUUUACCGGCAAGGCCCGGUGUUUCGAGAAGGAGGCCCAGCUCAAUGACGCCCUUACCGAGGGACGGAUCCCACGUGGGGAGAAUCUGGUGCUGAUUGUCCGCUACGAAGGACCCAAAGGUGGACCCGGAAUGCCGGAACAGCUCAAGGCGAGUGCGGCACUCAUGGGAGCCAAGUUGAACAACGUCGCCUUGAUUACGGAUGGUCGGUACUCCGGAGCCAGUCAUGGCUUCAUUGUGGGCCACAUCACCCCUGAGGCGGCCGUGGGCGGCCCCAUCGGUCUGGUUCGCGAUGGAGACAUGAUCACCAUCAGCGCAGAGACCAACGAACUGACGAUGGAUGUGUCGGAUGAAGAGCUAGAGACGCGACGACGCCAAUGGACGCCACCGACGCCGCAGAUCACCCGGGGCGUGUUGGCUAAAUACGCACGGCUAGUAGGUGAUGCGUCUCAUGGAGCCAUGACGGAUCUGUUUUGA